AUUAAAGAUCUUCAAGAUUUGAUGGGUGGUCCACCAGACCGUGUGAAUAUUUAAAAGUGGGUUGCAGUUGUACACAAGCAGAGUAGUAUGUCCAAAUCUCUUCUUAAAUAAUUCCUCGUUAGGUCGUUUCUCCAACUCCUCGUAUGACUUUCUCCAUCAGUUUCUCGAGAGAAACCGAAGGGAAUCUUUGCAGUACUCUCACAAACCCUAAUCUACACUUCUCCUUCCCUCCAUAAAGGAAAGCUUUAAAUUGAAGCUUUGAACGUACUCUCUUUCCAAAAUAACUCAAAAGAUGUUUCAGGUCAAUUUCACUACUACUCCCUCCAAAGAAGAGGAAAUCGAGCAAGAUCUAAUCAUGGGUAAUGCCAUACUGGAGAGCGGUAAUCUUGCCCCCAACAGCUUCGGAAAAAGGGGGAAACGGCAGCAAGAUUCGCGGGCUGUACGCUCCGGCGACAACGAUGGGAGGAAUGGUGAGGGAGAUAAGGAGAGGAAAGCUGUACAUAGAGAUGUCGAACGGCAAAGAAGGCGAGAAAUGGCUAAUCUCUUUGCAUCCAUGCGAUCUAUACUCCCUCUUGAGUACAUCAAGGGAAAGCGGUCGGCAUCUGAUCAAAUGCAUGAGGCUUUGAAUUAUAUAAGUCACCUGAAAAACAAUGUCAAAGAACUGGAAAUCAAGAGAGACAACCUAAAGCAGUUGUCCGCGGGUUCUAGCACUACUACAGCCACUGGAACUGGAUCAAUAAGAAGCUCCGCCGAUAAUCGCCACCAAAGUAGUAGUGUCACGGUCAGCCAAUGCCGCGGUGGUGUGGAGGUAUUGAUCAACAGUUGUGGCUUUGGAGAGGAAGGAGGGUUGCCCCUAUCAAAAGUAUUUGCAGUUCUAACGGAACGAGGGCUUAAUGUUGUUAGCUAUGUUUCUAGUGAAGUAAAUGGAAGGCUAUUUCACACAAUUAGAUCUGUGGUAAGUGACCUGAUGUAUAUUGAUCUAUUUGAGCUGGAACAGAAAUUAUCUGGCGUGAUUAAUGGUUCAAUCUCUGAGCAACUGCAAUAGGAAAUGAAAGUCUUUGACGUGCUUGGAAAAUUCACUCUUUAUUUGGCAGUAAUAAACAUUUCAGGUUACUUUAUAUUGUUUCAUCCAAAUUUCACCUUUGCUUCAUUCUUUCAGGGAGUUAUUUUUGGCUUCAUUCUUUCAGGGAGAUUUUUUUUUUUUUUUCUUUUCAUUGAGUUAUUGUUAUUGUCAUUGUUACAACAAUGGUAAAGUUCAUUCCCAUUACCUA